CAGCAAUAAAGGAACACUCAGAUCUGGUUGAUAUGACAGUAAAGGACUUGGAUGCUCAUAUCGAACAAUUAAAAUAUAAAAUUUUAGAAAAGAUUGAUAACGAUGCAAAAUCUUUGAGAAAUGCACUCCAGCGAGAAACUUUAUUUAACAGUGAGGCAAACAAUGAGCUUGGGGUAUUAGAAAAUAUAGUUAAUGAAGUGAAUACUUUGAGUCUUAGAACAGUGGAUAUAUCUAAAUUUAAAGAAAUCAUUGAUAAACAUGUUGAGGAUCAAGGAGCAGCUAAAAUCAAAGAAUUCUUCAAAAAUGAAAAACUUUGAUAUUCAAAAUGGAGCAUACAGGAUAUAUUUAUUUUGAAUUGAAACUCAACAAUGAAGAACAAAUUCUCAGAAUUUAUGAAAAAGACCCUCAAAGAUACUAUUUAUGCAAUUCUUUAAAAUUCAAUUUCAAA